GUGAAUGCCAAGGGGCUCCAGACCAGAGGGGUCGUUAGGGAAAGGGCUGCGCCCACAGACGUCCCCGAGGACACCUGCACGCCUCUGCGGCCCGGGACCAGGGGGGCCUGGCCUUCGCCGUGGUGCCCACCGGCCGGGCCGCAGGGGUGCGUGGGUGCCCGGCCCCCGAGAGCCGCAGGCGCCCGCCGGGCUGGGGUCCCCGAGGCCGCGGGGUCCCGCCCCCUCCGACGGUCCCGCGAACCGGUGGGCGGUUCCCGGGCCCCGUCGACUCGCCCCGCCCCGUCCCGCCCCGCCGCGGCCCCCGGCGCCCGGUCCACCUUAAGGGGCGCGCUGACAUCAGCGCGCCGCCGCCGCCGCCGCCCGUGGGGUGGGAUUUCCUCCGCCGCCGCCGCCGCCGCCGCGGGUCCUGCGCCGCGUCCAGCCCGCCCGCCCGACCCCGGCCCGACCCCGGCCGGCCCCGCCCGCCCGGCCCCGGGGAGGGAUGCGGCGGCGCGGCGCCCAGGAUGCCCCGCAGCCCCGGGACGCGCCUCAAACCCGCCAAGUACAUCCCGGUGGCCACGGCCGCCGCGCUGCUGGUCGGCUCCAGCACCCUCUUCUUCGUGUUCACGUGCCCAUGGUUGACGCGAGCUGUGUCCCCAGCUGUUCCCGUCUACAAUGGCAUCAUCUUCCUCUUUGUCCUGGCCAACUUCAGCAUGGCCACUUUCAUGGACCCUGGUGUUUUCCCCCGAGCGGAUGAGGAUGAGGACAAGGAGGACGACUUCCGGGCCCCGCUGUACAAGAAUGUGGAUGUGCGAGGUAUCCAGGUCCGCAUGAAGUGGUGCGCCACGUGCCACUUCUACCGCCCGCCACGCUGCUCCCACUGCAGCGUCUGUGACAACUGUGUAGAGGACUUUGACCACCACUGCCCCUGGGUCAACAACUGCAUCGGGCGUCGAAACUAUCGCUACUUCUUCCUGUUCCUGCUGUCACUCAGUGCACACAUGGUGGGCGUUGUGGCCUUCGGCCUGGUCUACGUGCUGAACCAUGCUGAGGGGCUGGGAGCCGCGCACACCACCAUCACCAUGGCUGUCAUGUGUGUGGCCGGCCUCUUCUUCAUCCCUGUCAUUGGUCUCACUGGCUUCCAUGUGGUGCUGGUCACUCGGGGGCGCACCACCAACGAGCAGGUGACUGGGAAGUUCCGCGGGGGUGUGAACCCCUUCACCCGAGGCUGCUGUGGGAAUGUGGAGCACGUGCUGUGUAGCCCCCUGGCACCCCGGUACGUGGUGGAGCCGCCCCGGCUGCCGCUCGCGGUGAGUUUGAAGCCGCCUUUCCUUAGGCCUGAACUCCUGGACCGAGCUGCACCACUCAAGGUCAAGCUUAGUGACAACGGGCUGAAGGCUGGCCUGGGCCGUAGCAAGUCCAAGGGCAGCCUGGACCGGCUGGAUGAGAAGCCACUGGACUUGGGGCCGCCACUGCCCCCCAAGAUAGAGGCUGGCACGUUCAGCAGUGACCUGCAGACCCCGCGCCCAGGCAGUGCUGAGAGUGCCCUGUCGGUGCAGAGGACCAGCCCCCCGACGCCUGCCAUGUACAAGUUUAGGCCGGCUUUCCCCACGGGUCCCAAGGCGCCCUUCUGUGGACCAGGCGAGCAGGUUCCAGGCCCUGAUUCCCUGACCCUGGGGGACGACAGCAUCCGUAGCCUGGACUUUGUGUCCGAGCCGAGCCUGGACCUCCCUGACUAUGGGCCCGGGGGCCUGCACGCAGCCUACCCGCCAUCCCCGCCGCUCAGCGCCUCUGAUGCCUUCUCGGGUGCUUUGCGCUCCCUGAGCCUCAAGGCCUCGAGCCGGCGGGGUGGGGACCAUGUGGCCCUGCAGCCCCUGCGCUCCGAGGGUGGGCCCCCCACGCCCCACCGUAGCAUCUUUGCCCCCCAUGCACUGCCCAACCGCAACGGCAGCCUGUCCUAUGACAGCCUGCUCAAUCCUGGCUCGCCUGGUGGCCACGCCUGCCCUGCCCACCCAGCAGUUGGCGUGGCCGGAUACCACUCACCCUACCUGCACCCUGGGGCAACGGGCGACCCACCACGGCCCCUGCCCCGCAGCUUCAGCCCCGUGCUGGGCCCCCGGCCCCGGGAGCCCUCGCCUGUGCGCUACGACAACCUGUCCAGGACCAUCAUGGCAUCCAUCCAGGAGCGCAAGGACAGGGAGGAGCGUGAGCGCCUGCUGCGCUCCCAGGCCGACUCACUCUUCGGCGACUCAGGCGUCUAUGAUGCUCCCAGCUCCUACAGCCUGCAGCAGGCCAGUGUGCUGUCCGAGGGCCCCCGAGGUCCCGCGCUGCGCUAUGGCUCCAGAGACGACCUUGUGGCUGGGCCUGGCUUUGGUGGCGCCCGCAACCCUGCCCUGCAGACAUCACUGUCCUCGCUGUCCAGCUCCGUGAGCCGUGCACCGCGGACAUCGUCUUCCUCCCUGCAGGCUGAUCAGGCCAGCAGCAACGCCCCGGGGCCCCGGCCCAGCAGUGGCUCCCACAGGUCGCCCGCACGCCAGGGCCUGCCUUCCCCGCCAGGCACUCCCCACUCACCGUCCUACGCAGGCCCCAAAGCUGUCGCCUUCAUCCACACGGACCUCCCAGAGCCACCGCCCUCGCUGACCGUGCAGAGGGACCACCCUCAGCUGAAGACUCCCCAAAGUAAGCUUAAUGGGCAGUCCCCGGGCCUGGCCCGGCUGGGACCUGCCACUGGCCCCCCAGGGCCCUCUGCCAGCCCUACACGGCACGCGCUGGUUAAGAAGGUGUCCGGCGUGGGUGGGACCACGUACGAGAUCUCGGUGUGAGGACUGACUGCCACACAUCCGCCGUGGUGCCACGGGGACCAGGACCCCGCAGCGCACCCCCCCCCCACCAACUUCUCUGCCCCAGGGACACGAGGCCACCCCAGCCUGGUGUGGACCCAUCGGCGGGAGAGAGUGCCACGCCUCCACAGCUUGCCCCAAGCACUCUGCCUGCCGGUCCACUCAUCUGCCCAUGGGGAAGUCGGCUCACUGGGCCAAGGGCCACUGGGCUGGUCUGUGUCUGGGCCUGUCCCAUGGCUGGGGCAGUGAGGGGGCCCAGUCAGCCUCUUUGGGGCACCCUCUCUCAGCCAGGCUUGGCCCACUGCCAUCACCCAGCACCCCAGAUCAUCGCCAGGCCAGCCCCCAACAGUCCCCUUACGGAUGGGUCCCAGAGAUGGACAGAGGCACCCAGGGCCCCCGCCAUCCUUCCAACACAGCCUGUGGGCUCCCGGACCGAGUGUCCCCUGCUAGGCUACUCCUAACUAACGCGUUGCCUUUCACGGACCCCGCUGGAAGCUUGUAGCUUGGCAAGGCGGAUGCUUCUGCCCUGGCCUGCUCUGGGUGGUGGUGGAUAAGUGGACAGAUGGCCAGCCAGCCAGCUGUGGCUGGGGGCCCGGCUCUGUGUGUCCUGUGUUGCCCGGCCGGGCGGGCUUGUGUCCCGUGUCUGUGUGCUGUGCUGCCGCGCCGUGUCUGAUGUGUCAGUGCUCCAGCCGCCGCUGUCCCUUUUCAUCAAAGCCUUAACCUUUGCUUUAUGCUCUUGUGGGAGGCGACGGGGGGCAGGCGGGAGCAGGCACGGGGGUGAUGCUGCCACAGGGGGCCGGUGACACCCAGAGCCCCCUCCCCAGCCCUCAGGCCCUCCCUGCCAAACUGGAGAACCCUGCCCCAAGGCAUGCCACGUCCCCAGCCCCGGCCUGGCUGCGGUGCUCACGCCGUGGGAAAGCACACUGGGGAGGGGUCAGUGCUUCCCUUGGUGUCAGGGACCUGAGAGUAAGCACAUGACAGCGUCUGCUUGCGUUGUGUCUGUUUUAUGUUUUUAUAUCUACAUCUAUAUAUCUAUAAUUUUAUUAAAAAAAAGAAAAAGA